UGUUUGCUAACUUCAGAACUGAACUUGUGUGAGUAUGAAGCUCUUUGCCUCUUUGCCUUGGGGUCAAAGGUCAGUGAUAGAGAGCAGCUCUUGGGUAAUUAAUCACACGCUGAGGAGACACUUCAGAUAAGGAGGAGGAGGAGAAGGAGGAGGAUGAAGGCAGACUUUGACCCCUCAGCAGUGAGCUCUGUUUUCCGGAUUGAUCUCUCGCUCCUGCGUGUCUCCCGGCUCGGUUCCGUCUCGCUCGCCCGGCCAUGAAGCUCAACUUCGCUCCGCUUAACGUGCCCAUGAGGAGGAGGCUCCAGACGGCCGCCGUGCUGCAGUGGGUCUUCUCCUUCCUCGCUCUGGCCCCAUGCUGCAUCAUGCUCUUCUUCUACCUUCUCUUCACUCGGUUCUGGUUGGUCAGUGUGCUCUACGCCACCUGGUGGUUUGUGGAUUGGGACACGCCCUCUCACGGAGGGAGGAAAAUUCCCUUCAUGUGUCGCCUCCCAGUGUGGAGCUACAUGAGGGACUAUUUCCCCAUUCAGCUGGUGAAGACGGUGGAUUUGGAUCCUCGGCAGAACUACGUGCUGGGGUUCCACCCUCACGGGAUCCUGGUGUCCGGAGCGUUCACGAACUUCUGCACGCAGGCGACGGGGUUCGAGCAGCUCUUCCCCGGCCUGAGGAGUUACCUGCUCAUGCUGCCGCUGUGGUUCAGAGCUCCUUUCUUCAGAGACUACAUCAUGUACGCAGGUCUGGUCCCCUCUGAUAAGGACAGUGCGAGUUACCUGCUGCGUAACGAAGGGGGCGGGAACGCGGUGGUCAUCGCGGUGGGCGGAGCUCCGGAGGCCCUGGACGCUCACCCAGGAGCUCACACUGUCCUGCUAGCCAAUAAGAAAGGCUUCAUCAAACUCGCAAUGGAGCAUGGUGCUAGCCUGGUUCCUGUGUAUUCCUUCGGAGAGAACGAGGUGUUCGAUCAGGUCUCCAACCCCCAGGGUACCUGGCUACGGUGGAUACAGGACCACCUGCAAAGCAUCAUGGGAAUUUCUCUUCCUCUCUUCCACGCUCGAGGGAUUUUCCAGUACAGCUUCGGCCUCAUGCCCUACAGGAAGCCCAUCAACACCGUGGACUCGUUUGCAGUCGGUAAACCAAUCAGAGUGCAGAAAAACGAGAAGCCGUCCACAGAGGACCUGGACGCUCUGCACGAGCUCUACAUGGACGAACUCACGCAGCUGUUCGAGGAGCACAAGGGGAAAUACGGUGUACCAGAGGACACACACCUGGUCUUCAUCUGAGCCGGAAAAAGUGUGUGUACAUGUGUGUGAGUGUGUGUGUGAUUGUGUGUGUGUGAGGGAAAGAGAGAGAGUGCUGCCAAAAAGACAGAAAAGAUUGUAAAAACUGAAACAUUUCGUGGAAGACGAUGCUGAUGUAUCUUUUAUUUGUGAAUGUGAUCUCAGGAAUGUUCUAGAAACGCAACAUGUCCGUCUCUACAGAUGAGGCUUUGUAAAAUGUCCGAUCUUCUAUUUAAUAUAAUACCGUUUUUACAAAGUCUAAUUAAAAGUGAUUAAAAGAAA